GAUUUUCCAGCUGGGAGACAAAGCAAGUACGCCUAACCAUCUGAGAGCCCCAGGAACAUCCGAAAUGGGAAACUCACUACCUGUGUCUGGUUCUGACAAGGCAAUCACAGCGCUACUUGUAACACUCCUGAGUUGUGUUGCUUCUGUCCCCCUUGACGGAGAUACCCUUUGUGAUGCAGAAGACCCAGCGACAUACAGCAUUGUGUUCACGGGGAAAUGGAGCCAAGUAGCAUUUCCCAAGCAGUAUCCGCUGUACAGGCCUCCAGCACAGUGGUCCUCACUCCUAGGCGUGGCCCACAAUUCUGACUACAGCAUGUGGAAAGCCAAUGCGUAUGCCAGCAAUGGCAUGCGUGACUUUGUUGAAAGAGGGGAACCCUGGGCACUCAUGAAGGAAAUAGAAGCAGCUGGAGAGAAAAUGCAAAGUAUUUAUGGAAUCUUCUCUGCUUCUGCUGUGGCCACUGGGACGGGACAGACUUCUACUGCCUUUGAAGUUGAUGCAGGACAUCCCUUAGUAUCCAUUGCAGUACGAAUCGUGCCCAGUCCUGACUGGUUUGUGGGGAUUGAGAAUUUUAAUCUGUGUGAAAAGGAUCACUGGAAAGGCCAAGUGUCCAUGGACCUAUUCCCAUAUGAUGCUGGAACUGAUAGCGGCUUUACGUUUUCCUCACCCAACUUCGCAACAAUCCCCCGGGAUACAAUUACAGAAAUCACCUGUUCCUCCCCAAGUCACCCAGCAAACUCAUUUUAUUAUCCCAAGCUUAAAACUCUGCCACCUAUUGCCCGGGUGACCAUGGUAAAGCUCAAAAGAAAGAAGUUGGGGUUUCCAGUCUCUCAACCAAAUGUCACAGCCAUAGAUAAUGAAAUAGAGGAUUCAGUCUCAGAAACGCCCCUGGAUUGUGAGACGUCCCUGUGGUCUUCUUGGGGCCUCUGCCGUGGCACAUGUGCAAAUUUAGGAACGAAAAAACGAACUCGCUAUAUACUUCUUCAGCCUGCCAACAACGGGACACCCUGCCCAGAUCUGAGUGAAGAAACACAGUGUGAACCAGACAACUGUGUCUGAAAUAAUUUCUUUGGACAAUUGUUUACCUCAUAUAAUUUGGGGAAUAUUUAGGGUAUCUAUGUGUUAAUAUUUUUCAUAGCUGUAAUAUGUUGUUGACUUU